AUGUAUCUGGAUCAGAAGAACGAGGGUUUGGAGGAAAUAAACUUGGAUGUGUUUGAUGCUGAAGGUGGCCAAGAGAGGUCUAGUGGGAAAUACUACUAUGGCAAGCCCUUGGCAAGCAACCUCCAGCUAACAGCAGCAACCCAUGGCCUUCCCGGCCUCGACCUCAACAAGACCCUCCUGGUGAACUCGUCAGUUGGCGGCUCACUGUGCCCUCAGAACCAGACCGGCGGGCACGAGCUGGGGCACUACAGGCGGGAGACAGCCAUGCUGAGCCUCAUGCUUAUGCUGGGGAUAGGGCUGGGCCCUACCCUCUACCAAUUCAAGAAGAGCCGCUACCUGCACUCCCAAGUUCAGGAGAUCCUGUCCAACUGUGCACUGCCCAUCUCAGUGCUCACCUUGUCCCUCGUGGGCUCCUAUUUUUUCCAGGAGAUAGAGAUGUCCAAGUUCAGCUACAACCCCAGCGAGAGCCUACUGAUUGAGCUGGUACUGAUGCACCUGCUGUCCACCGGUGCGGCCCUGAGUGCUAUGGGCCUGGGCUUCUUGCUGUCCAUGCUCUUCUUCAUUGAGCAGACCAUCGUGGCAUUGCUGGCCAACGCCUCCGAGAACAAGUUGGUGAAGGGCACAGCCUACCACUGGGAGCUGGUGCUGGUGGCUCUGAUCAACACGGGGCUGUCCCUGUAUGGUCUGCCCUGGAUCCACGCCACCUACCCUCACUCCCCCAUGCAUGUCCAAGCCCUGGCCUUCGUGGAGGAACAUGUGGAGAACGGGCACAUCUAUGAGACAAUUGCGAGUGUGAAGGAAACUCGACUGACCACCCUGGUGACCAACGUCUUUGUGGGGUUGUCCCUCCUGCUGCUGCCCUUCCCGCUGCAGUGGAUCCCAAAGUCCGUGCUCUAUGGCCUGUUGCUCUACAUCGCCCUCACCUCCAUCGACAGCAACCAGAGGUUCGAGCGGGUCACCCUCCUGCUCAACGAACAGAGGGCCUACCCCCAGACCCAUUACAUCCGGCGGGUGGCCCAGCGAACCAUCCACUACUUCACCAGGCUGCAGGUGCUCCAGCUGCUGCUCCUCUGUGUGUUCGGCAUGUCUCCGCUGCCCUACAUGAAGAUGAUCUUCCCCCUAAUCAUGAUCGCCACGAUCCCCUUCAGGUACAAUCUGCUGCCCAGAAUCAUCGAAGCCAAGUACCUAGAUGCCAUGGAUGCAGAGCACUAGGCA